CCGCUAUUAAAUGGCGUUCAUUUCUGCUUCCUAAUUCCUCUUUAUUUACUAUUCCGACUAUUCCUCGGGUAAGGUUUUUAAAUAUUUAAACGCCGAUUUAUGACAUUACUCAAAGGCAAAGACAGAGUUGUCCAAGCAAGAAUUUAAGACGUUUGUAAGUACCUCAAAUAUUCUAAAUCCAAUUAAAUCAUCAAUGUAUUUAGGAUAAUACUAAACAAUUUAAUAUUGAAUAAUGUUUCAAGCAGUUUUCUGAUUCAAUUAAGAACUGUAGAUGGUGAACCAGUUACAGUAGGAAUGUGGAAAGUAAAGGACCAAUGCGUUGUGUGACUUUUUUUUUUAUUCAGUCACCUUUCUUACUCAAUUUUGUUGUUCUUCAAAGAAUUAUUUUUAAAAAUAACAUUUAAUAAGUGACAAUUCAUACCCGGGUACCAGAAGUGAGAGGUUAGGAUUUUUUUUUAAUGUUUAAAAUUAAAAAAAAAAAAAAAAAAACAACAUUUUAAAGUAAAAAAUAAAAGUUUAAUCUUAGUGUAGUUGCUAGACAUCGAUUUCAGCAGGAUAGUCGCAAUUGUUAGCUUUCUUCUAAUUGAGCAUUCAAUAUGACGUGCUACAUAAUGAUUUGUUUUCCCAUUUAUAAACUAAAAAUCGCCCACUUUUAAUAAGAAAAUAUCGACAUAAUAAUAAUAUUUUAAAAUUUUGAUUCUUUAUCUUUUUAAGUCCGAUUUUAACACUAUCUAAUAAUAAACUGAUAGAGUUGCAAAUAAUUUAGUUUUUCAGAUGGCGAGCCGAGGCCCCAAUGGUGAGGAAUGUUCAGUGUUAUGAUAGAUAGCUGUGUGUGAUGCUUGGUGCUUCUCGGUUUGUUUUGAAUUAAGGAGAUUGUGGAGUGUGUGGCUGUAUGGUGAGGGGAGUGUUGUGUGUGAAGUGAGAAUAAGGAGUGUAAUGUCAGGGAGUGUAGUGUGUGGAGUGUUGUGUGGGCAGAGUGAUGCGGGGAGGGGGGGGGUGGGUAUGAUCUCGGGAAAUGUAACUUGAGGAGCGUUGUCAGUGUAUUUUGGUAUUGAGAUUGGUGUAUGGUUAUUUUGGUGUCGAGAGUUUGGUAAUCUCUAAUUAGCUUUUGGUUUAUAAUUUAUUGUCAGUGGGAGAUGUGAUAUUGGUUUAACGUGGCAUUUCUUACAUAUAAAGUUUACAACAGAUCUAUGUCUAUGGUGUUUUUAUUCUAGUUUAUGUGAGUGUGCUUUUAAUGAGUUCUUACCCUGGGUUAAUGUGAUAUAACCAAUUACAACAGAUCACGAGGCUUCUGAAAACGGCAUUACAAUUAAUGUUUUACAUGGAGAGGACGUCUGCCAAAAAACAAUCCCCUUGACAGAUAAAGAUGGAGAAGAACUCCGGGUAAAAGAGGUGAGUGCAGAAUGUAUAUUACGUAUUUUCUUAAUUUUUUAUCCGUAACAUGAAAGGAUGGCAUUCAAAGAAAGUCAUUUAGAAUUUAGGUAAACAAAAUGUAAAUUAAUUAGUUUAACUUUCAUGCAACACACCCACACAAAACAUUUAAUUUUUAAAAAAAUCUAAAGUGAUAACUUACUAAGGUAGUCUUAUAAUAAAUUAUCAAUACAUUCUGAAAUAUUUCCCCACAGGUUAAGCAAUUUCUUCUUCCAAGAUUUAAGAUCUCCAACCCAGAUGGCUACCAAUUGGUAGGUAGGCUUAAUGGUGACGCAUGGUCAGAACUUGACGAUGACCAGAAAAUUACUGCGUACAUAGACUACCUCACUAGUGGCUGUGUGUCGUUUCAAAGUAAGAUUUAAAUGAAUGGUAAUCGUGAUACUUUUUGUACCUGGGUGUAUGUUUGAACUAUAAAACUAUUGACUGAGGGAAAACUUUUGACAAAAAUGUGUUCAACUCUUAACCCCACUUUUUGAUCUAACACCUUCAAUAGUGUUAAAUUGUGUACUAAUCUUCCAAUCGCAUGUAUUCCGGUUUUUUAUUAGAAACUUUACACCAUAUUGUCAUAAUAAAUGAAAAUAUCCUGUAUUGUAUAAUCAAGAGUUCAGUUUUUUCUUUUGUUUUCUUUUUCAAAACUUCCAACACAUUUUACUUAAAAUACUUUUUUUAUACAUUCAUUCACACUUUUGUACAUACAAGUCAUCACUUCAUGUCUGACAAUUUGAAUACAAAAAUUGAAGUUUAUGUUUUGAGAAAUAAACAAUAAUCACUAAUAA